AUGUGCACAAGGUCACACACAGAAGCCCGGGAAUCCUUCUGGAGGGACAUUGCACGGAUAGAUAGGCUGAUUUGCAGGCACGAAAAAAAAUUAAAAUCUUGUAACAAUAAAAAAAGGAAAUGCUACAGGAUCCUUUCCCUGUUGACCGAUUAUGAUAACUGGUUGAGUGAGACGUGCGAAAGGUAUGCGUGGAAGGUACGUGCUCUGCGGAGGGUGCAGACAGGCUCGAUAAGGGGUGACACACAUGCAGAUGAAAAAUAUAGUAGCGGCGUAAGUGACUGUGCCCCGAGGAGAACCCCAUGUGAGGCAUCCAAACAGUAUGGCCAUUUAGCCAAAUGGACUUCCGUCCACGCAGCGGUAGGGGAACGGUUGCACAAAAGAAGAAAGGAAAAAAAAUUACGGGGUGGGAAGCUAGCGCGGCAGAAAACAGGCGUGUAUGUAAAAGGUGAAAUAACCCCCCGACUAAACUGUACAUGCAGAGGGGAUGACCCCUCUAGACGGGGUAAUAAAAAGGUGCAGGAAGAUGCUGAGGAGGGGGUUCCUGUGGGCGAGGGGCAAGAGGAAAAGGAGAACGAAGACGAAGCGGUGGAAGAUCAUCGUAAAGACGCACCUGAAGACAAUCCAGAAGAAGUAUACGAGAAUAAAGGUGAACUCCCACGUGAAGCGAACCGAACUGGUGAGGAAAAUGCGGAGAGAGAAGCAGACAGUUCGGGGGGCAUUCACCCAAAUGAAGAAACUACAGUUGUCGAAAGGGAAGAUGCACUUGAAGCAGUAGAGGAACGAAAAAUAUAUUCAACUGAGGAGAAAGAAAAAGAGGAAGAGACAGAACAUUUUCAGAUGCUGCACAAUUCUGUGGGUGAGAAGAAUGAGGACAGCUUGGAAAGGGUGCCAAGUGGUAUUGGUGGAUCUCCCCAUAAAAUGGGGAAGGAUCAGGAGGAGGAGGGUAACCGACAUAACGAAUUGGAGUUUUCGGAGGUGCAGGUGAGGGAAGUUACACUGGAAGAAGGAGAAAUACAAAGGGGUGGAAGUCCCGACGGGGGGGAAGAAAUGGCAGAGGUGAGGCAGAAAGCAGAAAAGGAGAAAAAGACCAAGGGUAAAAAAGGGGAGGAUAAGAAGGGAGAUACGAAGAAGAAGAAGGCGCGAAAGGGGGAGAAGGAAAAAGGGAAAAAGAAAAAGAAGAAGGAAAAGCAGACAAUGCUGGUGGAGGGGGAGGAAAGAGAAAAUGCAGCGGCGAAAACGGAGGAUCAAGGAAAGGAAGUAAAGAUGGAGGAAGAGAAGGAAGAAAAUAUUAGGGAUGAAGAAGAGACCAAGCUGGGGGAAGAACAAGAAGUGAAGGUGGAGGAAGAAAAGGAGACAACGGUGAAUGAAGGAAAAGAAGAGAAUAUGGAAGGCGAAAAGGAGCAGAGGAAGGAGGAAGUUGAGGAGGUGAGGGUAGAGAAACAAACGGAAGAGAAUAUUGAAGAUGAGAGAAAUACCAAAUUGGACGUGGAAAAAGAGGCGAUGUAUACAGAGGGAGAGAAGCAGAACGUGUCGGAAGAGCCAACGAUCGGGGAUGAAGAGGAGGCAAAAGCGGACGAACAAACGGAGCAUAAUAUUGGGGAUGAAAAUGAGGUGAACAGUGAUGGUGAAGAGAAGGCAAAACUGAGCGCAGCAAACGACGAACCAAGCGAAAUGUUAAACCAAGGUGAACAAAAAACAAGCGACAAUGAGGACGAUCCUGGUAAGACAGCGGAGAACGAAAUCGUUCAUCACAUUCUGAGCGAGUAUUCCAACACAAUUCAGUACAAGAGUUUUCUCGAUUACAUAAAAAAUAAGAAGGAGCCAGAGUAG